AUGCCGCCGAAAGCUGACGCUUGGCGCGAUCGCCCAUCCGCUGGCCAGAGUGGCAGCACGUCUGCGGUCUUUGCCUUCACAACAGAGACUCCUCAGCCUCCUCAGCAAACGGGGCCCACACACGGAGCAACUCUUCAAAUCGAAUCUGACCCCAACUCCGCCGUACCGCAGCCAGGCAACCAAUCCCCUACAACAAGUGUACCCACAAAGGAUGAGGAUGUGAAAGACGCCCCUACCGCGGCAGUAGUAGUCGCAGACCAGAUCGACCAGCUGGAGAACGAGGUGGUCCACUUCAUGAACCUGUCAUUGGAAGAGAAAGAGAAGUCAGACGUUCUGUCUGUGCGCCUUGCGUCUGUGACACAGGAGAAGGAGGAUAUAGAGCGCCAGGUCGACGAGCUUGAUCAUGAACUCAGCCAAAUUGAAUGGCAGAGCCAAGAGGGCCAAGACGAUGGAGCGUCUGCCACAGACACAAAAGACACGAUCUCAAGAGUGCAUGCCAAGAUCACCAACCUGAGGACCACGGCUCAGAGACUGGAGAGCGACUUGAACACUCUCGCUAUAACCGGCGAGCAACACACCAAGACCAUCGCUGAGCUGGAAGAGCAACUCCGCAUCGCUAGAGAGCAGCUCACCCAGAAGACGCAAGAGGAAGAGCGCUUGCGCAAGGAACUGGAGCAGGCUACGAAGACCGUCCGACCAGAGAAACAAAUCAAUGAAGAGCUCCGGGGCAAGAUACAGACACUUGAGCAUGAGUGCAACACCCUCCGCAUCUCGAACGCCUGGACCAACAAGAAAUUGACAGAGGCUGAGCAGACUACAGAUACUCUCAGUGAUCUGGUCAAGCGAAAGGCAUCGGAGCUGGAAGGUGUGCGAAAGGCUGGGGCUUCCCAGGGUGGCACUAUGCGUCAGGAGCUAGAUCUCAAGCAGAAAAUGAUCGAGAGCCUGACCGCCACACAGAGCGCUCUUGAGGCCAGGUGUAAGGAGGCCGAGUCUGCUCUUCGAGAGCGGCCGAGAGUCAAGCACAUACCGGUACAAUACCAGCCAAGCGGCGCAGUUGAGGCCGCCCGAACCCAGCGCGAGAAGAUUAAGGAAACCAGGGUCAAGCAGCCGAGCCACAAGCACCAAAACAUAGAGCCAAGUGGAACAGUCGAAGCCGCCGUCUCCCAGCGCGAGAAGGAGAAGGACGCCUGGAUAAAUAAGCUCACCCAGGAGCUCCGGGGCAACCAACAACGCCGCGUCCGUGCAGUCGCCAUCGGCAUCGACCUCAGCGGAAGCGCGGCCGGCAGCCUCACGGAGGGGAUCAAGCGCCUCUAUCGGCACCUCCUCGGCGAGCUGCGGCGUUCCCCCUGCCAGACCUACGUCAUGACGGUCGUCCACGGGCCGGGGGACACCGUGGCCGUCAAUUCCAACUUCGGCGACACCUGGUCCACCCACGAGAGGGUGCUGGUGGCUCAGAAGGCCGAUGGCAUGGAGCAGCACGUCGCGUGCCUCCGGAAGAUCAAGGAGGUCGCGGUCAACACGGGACUGGUCCUGGACCUGCAGGUCGUCUUGCUCGGGGACAGCAACACCAGCCCCGCUUCGCAUGUCGGCUCGGAGGAGGUUUGUCAUGACUUUUCCUGCAGCAACCCGACUGUUCAUAUCCACUCGGUCGCGGUGAAGACGGGCAGCGCAGAGGAGACGGAGAAGUACUGGAACAACAUGGAGGCCUGGCAGCCGUGGAACUACGCGAGUUCCACAGGAGGCAACAUGAUGGUGUGGUGGCAGAAUAGUCCGCUUCCCGACCUGAGCAGCCUUGUGUACUGA